ACCUGAAGAGCCCCUGCCCCCUGGCCUCCUCAUGGAGGUGUCGAACAUGACAUCGUCUGUCGAUGAGAAGUCUACGAACACCUCAAUUGCCAGGAACACCUCGGUCGGGGACCUGCAUCGGGAAAUCCCGGUCGUGCACUGGGUGAUUAUGAGCAUUUCCCCUCUGGGCUUUGUUGAAAAUGGGCUCCUCCUCUGGUUCCUCUGCUUCCGGAUGAAAAGAAACCCCUUCACCGUCUACAUCACCCACUUGUCUAUAGCAGACAUCUCACUGCUCUUUUGUAUUUUUAUUCUGUCGGUCGACUAUGCUUUAGAUUAUGAGCUCUCUUCUGGCUAUUACUACACGAUUGUCACAUUAUCGGUGACGUUUCUGUUUGGCUACAACACGGGCCUCUAUCUGUUGACGGCCAUUAGUGUGGAGAGGUGCCUGUCUGUCCUGUACCCCAUCUGGUACCGAUGCCAUCGCCCCAAGCACCAGUCGGCGUUUGUCUGUGCCCUCCUGUGGGCACUGUCAUGCUUAGUGACCACCAUGGAAUAUGUCAUGUGCAUUGACAGUGAAAGACAGGGUCACUCUCGAAGUGACUGCAGGGCGGUGAUCAUCUUUAUAGCCACCCUGAGCUUCCUGGUCUUUACUCCUCUCAUGGUGGUGUCCAGCACCAUCCUGGUGAUUAAGAUCCGCAAGAACACGUGGACGGCCCAUUCCUCAAAGCUGUACAUAGUCAUCAUGGUCACCAUCAUCAUAUUCCUCAUUUUCGCCAUGCCCAUGAGGCUCCUCUACCUGCUGUAUUAUGAGUAUUGGUCAGCCUUCGGGAACUUGCACGACAUUUCUCUUCUCUUCUCCACCAUCAACAGCAGCGCAAACCCUUUUAUUUACUUCUUUGUGGGCAGUAGUAGGAAGAAGCGGUUCAAGGAGUCCUUAAAAGUGGUUCUGACCAGGGCUUUCAAAGAUGAAAUGCAACCCAGGCGCCAGGAAGACAAUGGCAACACCACCACGAUUGAGACUGUGGUCUGAGCACCGUGGCAGGGAACAGUGGACAAAAUGGUGGGACACAGAUCAUUUGUACCUUGUGCUUGGAAUACCACUUCCAUAUGUCCUAAAUAAGACACAGAAGGACACCCCAUCCCAUGUGCAUGAGAG